AAAUGUCAAUUGUGAAAUCAAAAUAAACUGUCAAUGUCAUGUUAUUUCAGAAGAUCCAUUCUGAAGAAAAUAUUUUGAUCCAAUCCUAAAAUAUAAAUCUUACAAAAACGAUUGCAUUUAGUACUUACUUGGUGAACCUUGGUCAACCUUGGUGUGCUACGUAAUGGUUUGUUAAUAUUGAUUUGUUUAAGGGACCAAGGUUAAAUCGCCAUCAUGAAUAAUAUAAUACCAUGGACCGGAGAAGAUGAUGCCGUCAUUGCCACAAACACUGAUGCUACAGAAUGUAAGAGGAGCGCCGUCGAACUGGGUUACUGGAAAGAUGAUUACAUCGUAUACUUUGCCAAGCAUGUUGAUAGAAAGGCCCCUGAAAUUAAUCGCGGCUACUACGCCAGAGUAAAGGCAAUGGAAAUGUUUAUCCACCAAUUUUUAGAGCGCUGCGGUACUAAGUGCCAAAUCAUUAACUUAGGAUGUGGUUAUGAUACAUUGUACUGGAGGUUAAAGGACACAACACAGGCAGUUGGAAAUUUUAUUGAGUUAGAUUUUCCUUCAGUUACUGCAAAAAAGUGUCACAUCAUUAAAAGGAACAAACAGUUACUGGAGAAAAUUUGCAAUGAAGCUCCACGAUCUUCUCGUCAGUCCUCAGGGUGCGUGCGUUGUAUGUUGCCAAGUCGAGUUGUCUUAGGUGGCAACCGAACCUCCACCGGGGAUUCUUAGCACCCCCUGCCUCGCCGUUACCAUGGUCGCCACCGUAGCCAGGAAUAGCGGGGCUGCUGGGGACUGGGGGCCGUCUCUUAGUAACUUUAUCCAUUUGGGGGGUAUUUGCCAUGGUUGCCACGCUUGGCGAGCGGGUUGGCAACCGCAGUUUCUUUUAUUGUAUUUUUGUUGUUAUCAGGAAGAUGCUGCUGCCCAUCUCCUGCCUGUUUCCCUUUGUCGCCUUUAACGACACCCACGGGAAUAUAUGGGGUAGUGGAUAUUCUUAACCGCCACUACACGGCAUAAUUAUUUAUUUGCAUAGAAUGUAUGUAUAUAUUAUUUACUUUUAUAUUUUAAUUAUACAAAAGUAUAAUUAAACCAUAAAAUUUCUGUUAUAUUCUGCCUUACCGAAGCAUGCAAAUUUUGAAUAGAGUUAUAAAUUUAAAAAAAUACAAUAUUAAUGAUGAAUUUUAGUGUAUUAUUAUAAUAUAAAAAUGCCCAAUUAAUAAUAAAAUAAAUGUCAAAAGAUUAAUUACGAAAAAUAAUGUCACAAUCGUUUACAAAUAUCAAAGUAUAAAAAUUCAUAUGUUAAUACAGAAAAAAUAACCAACUAAAAAUUACUCUAUAAAACUUUGUCACUGGGAAAAUUUUAAACACAAAUCGGGUAAAUAAUUAAAGAUAUUAAUCACCUUAUGUAUGAAUUUUUUGAAAGAACAUCAAUUUACAUUUUGGAAGGUAUAUUCUGUAAUUAUAUUUUUCUCAUAAACUUGUAUCUCUUAAAAAAUUAUUACUUAGAAAGUAUUCAGAGAACUGCUUGACAAAAGUCGCGCUUUGUUUUAUAUACACACAUGGGAGUGGUAGCGCUUACAUUUCUUUAAAUAAUGCCUUGGACGAUGCCAUGGAGUGUGCUCCACAGAUUGUUUCCGUGAUGAACAAAGUCAAAUGCUUUAUUCAUAACCAAAAAAAGAGCUACUAACGUUGCACUGAAUAAACUUAACGAAUUACAAGGUCGCUAAUGUUGUGGAUUUAUUUUUAACAAAAUCAUUUUGUGCGUUAUUACUUAUAUUACUAUAUUAAAUUUUUCCAUAAAAUUAUUGUCUCUUAAGUAUUGCUUUUUCAAAAACUUUUGAUAAACUUGCAACAGCUCAGUAAUUAUUAAUAGCUUUAGCCUUUUUGAAGAUCGGAUUUACAAUUGAAUAUUUGAGUUCUGCAAGAAAUAUUCCUUGGGCAAAAGAUAACUUUAUUAUAUGACUAAGUAUUGGUGCUUUAUUUAUAGAACUUAGUUUCAAUUUUUUUGUCGGUAACUCUUCAUACCCCCGAUUAACAUAUUACCGAAUUAGUAUUUCGAAGGGGUAAUAUAAUUUGAUUAAUUUCAUCAGGAGGUUGUGGGUCAUAAGAAUAUAGUAGAGCUACAGAAUUGUUUACACAUACAAUUAUUCGACAUAUUCAGUUUGUCGAAUGAUGUAGAGUAGUUUGUUGUUUACGUGGUAGAGCCAUGCUGCAGCUAUAUUAUGGUUAUAGGACGAAUGGGUUGGCUCGUACCGGGGUAGGACCACGCUCUUACAGAAUACCAGCGUAAAAUAGCAGCUCAAUGCUGAUGUUUCGUAUAGUGGGUGUAGAGAACUGGAGACCCUUCUUACUGGAAAGGAAGCAUUCCAUCUUAGUCCUCAGGGGUGACAAUGCAUCUGCAACUUGAUUCUUAAUCGAGGGUAGAUGUAGAUAUCUAUGGAUCACAGCGUCUACUUACCAUCAGGUGGACUGUGUGCUCGUUUGUCACCCUUAUUCUUUUAAAAAGCUAACAUUUCUGGACUGUAUGUGCGCAGAUGGGGAGGUAGUGAUCAGGUCGGGGGACCUGCACUCGGACGGGUACCACCUGCUGGGCUGCGACCUGUGCUGCCUGGGCGAGGUGCGGCGCAAGCUGGAGGCGGGCGGGGCGGCUCGAGACGCGCCCACGCUCCUGCUGGCCGAGUGCGUGCUGGUGUACAUGCAGCCCGACGCGGCGCAGGCGCUGCUGGAGCACUUGGCCGCGACGUUCCCGCGCUGCGUGCUGCUGCUGUACGAGCAGUGCAACCUGGGCGACAAGUUCGGCGAGGUGAUGCUGCGCAACCUGAGCGUGCGGGGGUGCGCGCUGGCGGGCGAGCGGUACUGUCGGGAGCCGCAGGCCCAGGUGCAGCGGCUUCUGGGCGCUGGUUUCGAAACGGUGCGCAGCUGGGACAUGGACACGGUGUGGCGCGCGCUGCCUGAAGACGACCGCGCGCGCGUUGAAGCACUGGAAAUGCUGGACGAGCGCGAGCUGUUGCAGCAGCUGAACUCGCACUACGCGAUCACUGUGGCCACGCGCGGCGAGCUCUUCGCAGACCUCGAUCUCAACGCCUAAACUCGAACCUUCACUCCGGUAUCUGUUGGGUCCGGCUCGAUUUGUUUGUCAUGUUUGUCGUCGUACAAUUAUGUAAUCUCUAACAUUGUCGUCCAAUUACAAACUUUUAUUCGAUGAGCGCUUUGAUGAAACCAGUGUAUCCAUAUUUUUGUAAACUUAUGAGCACAAUGAGUAUUAAGUAUCCAUUGCAUUUAUAUCUCCAUCACUAUUAUUGUCAGUGAAACCUUUGAAGUAUUUCUUGUACUGGUAAAGUGUAUAUAGUCUGUGGAAAAUCUCGUUUAGUGCAUAUGUUUGCGUUGUGACACCUUUAAAGACAAUUAAACUUAAUAACGUAGAUCGUGCAUACUACCAUCACUUAUGUUGUGUUUUUAAUUGAUUGUUUAUUGUGUGAUUAUGUGUAGUAUAACCAACUGGCCACCUUGAAAACAAGCUUCCCCUCGUCAUAAUGUUAAAAAUGUGAAACUAUAUUAUGUUAUUCUUUCAAAGGUACCUAACCGUUUUAGAAAUUAGAACUUUUUUGCAGCCAUAAAUGUAUUUUUCAUCAGUUCGGUAAACAAAUUCAGUGAGUUAAUAUAUUUGAUUUAUACUGUACUAUUUUUUAUGUUUUGUUAAAUUUGCAAGUAUUUUACAAAUGACAAGUGUGUACUAGAAAGCCAUGUUCGCCAUUUUCUAUCUUCAAUUUUAAUAGUUGUUACUGUGAAUGUAAUUUUUAAGAGAUAAGAGAAAAACGUAAGAACAAGCUAGUGCGACACUGCGUUGUAUAUCAGAUCGCAGCCGCACAACUGUCUAACCUGGUUGAGGUGUUUAUACUUAACCAUUUAACUACUUAAGUGUUAAAUAUUUAUUUAUUAUAUUAAUAGAUUAAAAAUGCUGUAUAAACGC